AUGGUGACAGCUAAGGAAGUGGCAUCGCAGGUGGAGGGUUUCAAAGAAUGCUUGACUUCUCUGCAUUCUGAACUUCGUGUGGAGAUGGAUGGCUUACGUAAUGAGAUUCAACGACUCGAUCCAAAAAAGGUAGCAGCUGGACUUUCGAAGAUCUCGUCUUUGGAAGGUGGCGUUCAAGAUCUGGUAAGACGUUUUGAUCUGUUGCUUCAGCAACAGACCUUUUCAGCUCCUUUGUCUACAACUGACAUUGCUCCUCCUUUAGUCGCAUCAAGUCGUGCGGCUGACAAAGGGAAGAGUGCAGCUUUCCCGACGUCUUCUUCAAUGUCGGUGUCGGAACAUACUUCUGAUUCACUUCCUCGGAAGUUGGAGUUACCUAUUUUUGAUGGGGAAAAUCCAGACGGCUGGCUUUUUCGUGCGGAGUGCUAUUUUGAGAUUAAUGGAUUGCUUCCGGCAGAGCGUCUGCGAGUUGCAGUUGUCUGUUUAGAGGGUGAUGCAUUGGCGUGGUAUUAUCGGGAACUCUUCUCGUUACAUCAUUCUUCUACUGUUAAGGGAUAUCGUCGCCAAUUCCAGGUGCUCUCCGCUCCCUUACGUGACCUGUCGGAAUCAGUCCUUGAAGCAGCAUUUGUUAAUGGGUUGCACGGCCCUUUCCUGAACGGUGCCAUGAAGCGGGGUGACUGUUAUAGAACUAAAGACUCGGUACUUAAGGGCUUUAAUUGGAUUGUCAAUGAAAUGAAGAAAUCUGGUCUUCGAGGCCGUGGUGGAGCUGGUUUUCCAUCUGGCCUGAAGUGGUCUUUCAUGCCAAAAGUAUCUGAUGGCCGUCCUUCUUAUCUUGUUGUCAAUGCUGAUGAGAGUGAGCCAGGAACAUGUAAGGACAGAGAAAUUAUGCGCCAUGACCCACAUAAACUACUAGAGGGUUGCCUGAUUGCAGGGGUUGGUAUGCGGGCCACUGCUGCUUAUAUCUACAUAAGGGGAGAGUAUGUAAAUGAGCGGAAAAACCUUGAGAAGGCAAGGAGGGAAGCUUAUCAAGUUGGACUUUUGGGAAAAAAUGCAUGUGGAUCUGGAUAUGAUUUUGAUGUUCAUAUCCACUAUGGAGUUGAUGCUUACAUUUGUGGAGAAGAGACGGCGUUGUUGGAAAACCUUGAAGGAAAACAAGGAAAACCAAGGUUGACGCCUCCUUUUCCAGCUAAUGCAGGGCUAUAUGGAUGUCCAACAACUGUUACAAAUGUUGAAACUGUGGCUGUUUUCCCCACCAUUUUAAGGCAUGGUCCUGAAUGGUUUGCUAGUUUUGGCAGGAAGAACAAUUAUGGGACAAAGCUAUUCUGUGUCUCAAGCCACGUGAAUAAGCCUUGUACAGUUGAAGGGGAGAUGAGUAUUCCAUUGAAGGAACUGAUAGAGAGGCACUGUGGAGGAGUUAGAGGUGGAUGGGAUAAUUUACUUACAGUGAUACCAGGGGGUUCUUCUGUUCCACUGAUCUCCAAUUACUCCACUCCACCCCAUACUUAGCAGCUAAGAGGUUUCUCCACUAAGCAUGCCUUUCAGAAGCAAAUCUCCAUAUCCACUCAUUGA